GCUGAUUCAAUUUUGACUCAACAUGAUGUGCCUGAUUUUCUGCUGACCGUGCUGCUGUUCUUGUGCGGCUCCUGGGCUUCGAUAGGUUAUUUGGGAUUAUUCUCAAUAGGCUUGUUACGGUAAUCGGUUGAUCGCCUUCCAUAUGCGAGAUUUCUAUACUACAGCACAACUAAAAAUAUGAGACAUACACUUGUCACCCAGCUUGGCAAACGGCCAACGCUAUCGUCGCGGUCCCAUCUACCUUCUCGCAUACGGCCUCAAGGAAAUCGAUCUACCAGCUCAGCACCGAAGGGUUCUGAGAAAAAUGUAUCCUCCCAGAACGCUCAAUCCAAAGCCGCACCCCCUUCACCGACGCAAUCCUCCUGUUCCUCCGCCACCCCGCGUACAGUCCCCGUUGGUGCUAGAUCUCGAUCGCUGCGUGACGUUAUCGUGGAGGGACCUCUGGGCAAGCUCGGACGGUCAUAUUCGCGGAUCCAGGAAAGAAGGCCAUAUGCGACGCAAUUCUGGAGCUCGAUUGUCGUAUACUUGUGCGGUGACUUGAGCGCACAAGUAUUGUUUCCGUCGGAUAACAAGUCGGCCAAGGAUACAGCUCGAGGAAAUUCUGAGUCGUCGUCAAAGACAGAGAGUGAAGACAAUGACUCUGCGACAUCCGGAGGAGGAUAUGACCCGUGGAGGACUUUGCGGCACUUGACAGUGGGCGCAGGAUCAAGUAUCCCGUCGUAUAACUGGUUCAUGUUCCUUCACCACCACUUCAAUUUCGCAUCCAAGUUCCUCUCGAUCCUCACCAAGGUCUGCGUCCAACAGGCCGUUUUCACCCCGGUCUUCAACACAUACUUCUUCAGUGUCCACUCGCUGCUUUCCGGCGCGACUUUCGAAGAGACCUGGGAGCGUCUGAAGAAGGCGCUUCCGGUCAGUAUCACCAACAGCGCGAAGUUGUGGCCUGCAGUUACCGCCUUCAGCUUCAUGUACGUGCCACCUCAGUUCCGGAAUAUAUUCUCUGGAGUUAUUGCGGUUGGAUGGCAGACGUAUCUCAGCUGGUUGAACCAGAAGGCGGCGCGAGAAGUCGAGGCCAACGAGUUGGCUGAGGCAGCGGCUUCGCAGAUUGGUAUCGGCGCCUCUGCAACGCUGAAGACAUAGUUCUAUCUUGGUCGGAUGUCCUUUUUCAUAUACCCUUUUGGUUUUUCUCCUUGUUGUAUAUAGAUUUAUAGAUACGGCAGCAUUGGGUGGGUUUGGAUGGAUUAUAGAUAGCGUGUGUUUACAGCGCCCUUGAUAGAGUAUGAGAAACAGUGAUUUAU